GCAAGUUUGCACCAACAACACUGACUGCUUUACCUUGACAAAAUUUCCCUUCUUAAAAUUCCAAGUAUUGCAGCCGACAUUGACAUUAUCGCCAAUCCAAUUUAAUGUCACUAGCCACUGACUAUCCGGAGCACUGGAGGAGACAGGCCUACGAAAGCCUUCAUAAGGCCCUGGACGACGCCAAACAGAACAAGAAAAUCGCCCACAACGUGAUAAUGUUCCUGGGUGACGGGAUGAGUAUAUCCACUGUGGUCAGCACGCGCAUCUUGAAAGGUCAGAAUGCAGGGAAUCCGGGAGAAGAGACGGUGCUGUCUUACGAGGCGUUCCCUCACAUCGGUCUGUCCAAGACUUACAAUACUGAUCACCAAGUGCCAGACUCUGCCGGGACUGCCACGGCUUAUCUCACGGGAGUCAAGACCAAGAAGGGAGUCAUUGGACUAGAUGGUCGCGCCUUGUACCGCAAUUGCGACACCGCUGCUGGUAGAGAGGUGUCCUCCAUCCUCAAAGUCGCCAAGGAAGCAGGGAUGGCGGUUGGCUUUGUGACAACCACCCGUAUCACGCACGCUUCGCCGGCUGGCCUGUACGCUCACGUCCCGUACCGUCACUGGGAACACGACACUGACGGGACCAGUUGCGAUGACAUCGCUAAACAGUUCGUUCGAAGUGAGAUGGACAUUGACGUGGCAUUGGGAGGUGGAUGGAGGGAGUUUCGACCCACCUCCUACAUCGAGGGCGGCAGCUCUGGGAAGCGUGAGGACUCGUUGGACCUGAUCCAAGAGUGGGAAGCAAGAUACAAAUCAAAAGGAAACGCUAAGUACAUCACGAAACUCGAUGAACUACAAAAUCUGGAUGUACAGGGAACGGACUACGUCCUUGGAUUGUUUAACGCGGACCACAUUGAUUACGAAGCGGACAACGUGGCUGGUCAACCGACCGUGGCCGAGAUGACCGAGCAGGCCAUCCGCUUGCUGUCCAGGGGUGGCAGGCGGUAUUUCCUCUUUGUGGAAGGGGGUAGAAUCGAUCACGCCCACCACGUCAAUGUCGCCCACCUUGCUCUGACCGAAUCCCUGGGUAUGGAAAAGGCCGUGGAGAAGUCCUUGGAACUGACAAAAGGCACCGACACCUUGACCGUCGUCACGUCUGACCACAGCCACACCUUGACCAUCACUGGAUACCCGGUCAGAGGCAAUCCCAUCCUUGGUUACAACCAGCAAAAGUCUGAUAUUAUCUUCAGCGAUGGGCUGCCCUACACGACCCUGAACUACGGUAUCGGGCCUGGAGGUUUUGAAGUCCAGAAAUCGUUUAAAGAAAACAGUCAUCGCCCCGACCCGAGCAAGACCGACACACAGGCUCCCCAUUACAUGCAGAGCGCCUUGAUAGCUGCAGUACCUGGAGCGCACGCUGGGGAUGACGUGGCCAUCUUUGCCCACGGCCCCAUGUCGCAUCUCUUCCACUCCGUGCACGAACAGAACUACAUCAUGCACGCCAUGCAGUAUGCCGCCUGCAUCGGGGACUUCGCACCCAAUUGCCACUAAAAUGGCCGUAUUCUCAACAACAGUCUUCUCUUGAGCAAUAACGAUUGAUUGGUCGUUGCUUAAACUGCAACCAGAGUACAUCUUUACGAAAUAUCCGCGGGUAUUUGGAAUCAACAUGGGCAGUUUGCACAAGCAUCAUCUGCUUGCCAUGGGGUGGUAAAUUCAUUUUAACAGUCCGAAAAAUGUAGAGUGUUCUCUGUUUUACAUUCUUCCCAAAGAUGUCAAGAGGAACGAAUUCAAAUAAUUAGUUGUUUACAGCACUGAAGAGUUUUUUUCGUUUUGAAUCAUUUAUGCGAAGAGAAGAGGUGAUAUAAGAAAAUUCAUGAUUGGUUGUUCUUUGCACUUGCGCACUAUCUUGUAAAUCUAGCCGAUAGUAUGAAAAUUUUGACCGUCUCUCUUCAUUUACUUUGAAAAUUUCUGAUUUGAAGAUCGCUUCAUAAAUUUUAUUUUGAAAUCUUCAUUCUGAAGUGCUCUUAAUGUUUUGAUGAAGCUUUCAAUUUACUGUGAAAUCGUUCUAAUCCUACCAAAUUUCUUUACGUACCGCACGAGUCUUGGAAUGAUUUUGUACAAGGAUCAUGGUAACACAACAUAAAUACAAUUUUGAAAGAACGACAGAUAAUUUUAACUCUAUAUGAAACAGUAAUGAUUAAUUUCUGGUUUCCCCUGCUUGCAAUUGUUUACACAAAGGCUCUCAGGGUAGUUUCCAGGGCUUUUCGUGGAAAGCUAAACCAAACUCAACCGUGAGUAAAUUUCCUUCAAGAAAUCGUGGAAAGUUAAAUGACUGAA